AUGGUAAAGCCUUCGGUGUCGUUCAGGGUCCACACCAUCAAGGCGAACUCUUGGGGUACUAUGAAAUCGUUGCUUGCUGGCUCACUCGCCCACGUCGUGCUCGCUCAAAAGCGUCGGCUGAUCACGAAAGAUGAGAUCGACCAGGCGAGCUUCCUGUGUACUCGCCGUGGCUGGAAAUCGAUAUGGGCCCCGCCAAAUCCGACUGUUGCCCGAGGCUCUAGUGGAGGGCUUGCCAUACUGAUCAGGUCCUGGGCGGCAUGCAACACUGUUGACCAAACGAUGGCGUAUCCAGACAGAUGCGUGAUGUGUGAGGCGCAGAUGUCAGGCGCGUAUCCGAUCGUUGUUGCGCCCGCCUAUUGUGUUCACCCUGCCGGUCUUGAUGACGAGCAGAUUAGGACCCUUGCGCGUCUCGGGGGGCAGCCCCCGUCUGGAAGGCAGCCUUGGUUGAGAGGUGCCGAUUUCAAUUGCGAGCCUGGUGAGCUCGAGCAUCACAGCAUAGCCGUCCUUUGA